CCAGAUUGCGCGUCGCCGCGAGGGCUUUCCAGGAGAGCGACGCCGUGGCCCGCAAAAUGGCGUCGCCCAUUCUGAGCGCUGCGCUGCAUGGACUACGGAAUGCUAGGCCUUUUAGUACUUCUGCUGUUCUCUGGAAAGUGGGAGUACCUCUCGGGCCAAUGCCUAAUGAAGAUAUUGAUGUUAGUAAAUUGGAGGUGCUAGAAAAGUACCGUGUCUUCACUCGCUACUUCAAGGAAGCAGAGAAAGCACAAAAGAAACCUCAGUGGUGGAAAACCUACAGGCGAUAUGUCACUCCAAAGCAAGAUGAAGAGGCAAAGAUCGACAUUGGGCUACCUUAUUCUCCGCCACCAUGGAAAAAAACACUUAAGGAGAGAAAAGCUAUAAUGAAACAGAAUCGAGUGGAAUUGGAAAAAGCAUCCCGCCUACGGAAAUUGUUGAUUCCCCUUGAUGAUGUAAGAGCUGAAUGGGAGAGAACCUUUGGCCCAUCCCACAGGCAGCGAGUGGCAGAACACUAUGGACUGUACCGGGACUUGUUUGAUGAUGCCUUCUUUGUUCCCCAAGUUCCUUUAAGGGUGGAAUACAAUCAGGAUGAUGAAUAUGUUAUGCCAGUUUAUCAUGGGAAUAUGGUGACACCCACAGAGGCUUUUAACCCUCCCAGAGUCUCAUUUGAAGCAGAUGAAGGAUCCUUAUGGACUCUGCUGCUCACCAACCUAGAUGGGCACCUGCGUGAUGCCGAUUCAGAGUAUCUCCACUGGCUGGUGACAAACAUUCCAGGAAACAAAAUGGAGAUGGGCAAGGAGAUUUGCCAUUACUUCCCCACAUUCCCUGCCAGAGGAACUGGAUACCAUCGCUUCGUCUUCCUUCUCUUCAAGCAGCUCCAUCCCAUUGAUUUCACUGAAGAUGAGCGGCCCGUGCCAUGCCACAGUCUCCAGAUGAGAACGUUCAAGACGUUCGACUUCUACAAGAAGCAUCAGAGUGACAUGACACCUGCAGGACUGGCAUUUUUCCAAUGCCAGUGGGAUGAUUCGGUUACACGGGUCUUUCACCACCUUCUUGACAUGAAGGAGCCUGUGUUUGAUUUUGUGCGUCCCCCUACAUAUCAUCCACCGCAGAAGUUGUUUCCACACCUCCAGCCUCUGAGGUACCUGGACAGAUACAGGGACAGUGAUGAGCCUACCUAUGGCAUUUAUUGAAAUGUCUUGAUACUCUGCUUGCCAACAGGACCCUGGACUGAGUAGCCAUGGUGCAACAAAGAACCCUCCCAAGCAGUUCAUGUCUCUGAUUGGAAAAUGGAAAUAUAAGAGGCAGCUGGAUUUGAUUUGAAUCAUCACUUUUAUUCACUUAAAAGAUAGAGGUGCGGCUUGCAUCUAUCUUCUCUAUAUCUUGGAGACUCUGUCCUUGCGAUGAAGAAGCAGGCAAGCUGUGUCCAGAGGUCCAGGGCUAUUCAGAAGCUUGAGUUUCUGCCUCACUUUCGCAGGAGCCAGAUGCCGUCCAUCAAAUCUUCCAAUCAAAACAGUUUUCUUUCUCUCUCAUCAACUGCUGGGCCAUUUCAGCAAAAUAGCCUCACCUGAAUGGGAUCAGAUAAUGCAUGAAAUAUUGCAAAGCAUUGAGUUGUUACUGAAACGCUGGACCUUGUUCUGUCUUUAAAGUAUGAAUAAACAUUCUUUUAAAUUCAUGCUGGAAAAUGCUUGUAUUUGGGGAGAAGCAGAUGGGAGCAGUCAGUCUCUUGGAACUAUCUAAUAUAUCAACUGCUUCAAUAACUUCAAGCAGCCUUUCCAAACCUAGUGCCCUCUGGAUGUUUUGAAUACAACUUCCAUCAGCUCCAUCCAGCACAGUCAUGCUGGGGCUGGAAUUGCUGGAAGUUACAGUCCAAAACAUCAGGAGGCCAUCAGUUGGAGGAGGUUAUUUCUAAGGUCAAGCAGGCAUCAUACCUUUUAUGUUUCUGAAGGGCAUCAGUGUUGUGAUACCUUAAGGGAUGAAACCUUUGGUUGGUGGCAUGAACCUUUUCAUAAGCAAUGCCUGCUUUGUGCAAUGCAUGAAACAGGCUGUGGAACUGAUAUAUGUUCAUAUGGUUUAAAUGAUUUGGCGGAAUUAAACCAAAUGAAAU